UUAACUCACUGCUGAUUUCCCUAGCAAAUAAACCCACAGCUGCUGGCCCAAGCUCUGACUGCACACCAGAAAGAAGGGAGUAUUAUUUGCCUGGGAAAGGAUGCUUUCAUGGAGCCCUUUAGCACCACAUUUUAUGACUUGCAAUGCAAAAUCUAUGUUCUUCUUUUAGGUAUGUCUUCUGCAUUGAAGUUGACAGUACCAUCACAUACAAUCCAUGGCAUUGAAGGACAGCCACUCAAUCUCCCCGUUGACUAUGAUUUCAACAUCACAGUUACUGACAUCCAGAUAAUAUGGAUGUUUGAGAAGCCACAAACAACCCUCAAGUAUCUGCUUAUCUCUGUAAAUCAGACAGUAAUUCCAGACUUAGAAUAUAAGGACAAAUUUACACUGAGGCCUCCAAAUGCAUCCCUGCUGAUAAAAGCUUUACAUAUUAGUGAUGAAGGCAAUUAUAUUGUCAAGAUCAAUAUCCAUGGAAAUGGGACAAUAUCAAAGAGUGAACAGAUUCGAGUUACUUCUGAUGUCCCUGUUGUAAAGCCAACAAUAUACACUGAACCCUCUUUUGGAGUUGCAGAAUACAGGGGGAACAUUACUUUGAAGUGUACUGUGGGAAGUGGCACACGGGUGGCUUACCAGUGGAUGAAAAAUGGAAAGCCCAUUGAAGCCAGCACUAACUACUCCUUCUCUGCAAACAAAGACACAAUGUCAAUUGUCCCAGUUGUCAAAGAAGCCAUUGGGAACUACAGCUGUGUAGCAUCCAAUCCCAUCAGUGCCAUGGAGAGUGACAAAAUCAUGCCAACUAUCUAUUACGGACCCUACGGGCUUACUGUAAAUUCUAACAAAGGUCAGAAAGUAGGGGAAGUGUUUACACUUGAUAACGGUGAAGCAGUCCAGCUUUAUUGCUCAGCCGAUUCCAAUCCAGCAAAUGUCUACUCGUGGAUCAGGAAGGCAGACAACUCUACACACCUCAUUAAGUAUGGAAGAUACCUGGAAGUUGCAUCUGAAAAGGUGAAACAGAAAACAGAAGAAUAUAUGUGCAGUGCUUAUAACAACAUGACUGGAAAACGGGAUGAAACCCGCAUAGUUGUGAUAAUUAUGCCUAGAGGACUGGAGCAGCUGGCCCAAAAAGGAAAAUAUUUGUCACCUCUAGCAAUAAUAACUGGAAUUUCCUUAUUUUUGAUAGUAUCAAUGUUCCUUCUAACAUUUUGGAAAAGAUUUCAGUUUCAUAAAGUAAUACAGCAGAUGCAGAAGAGCAGGCCUGAAGCAGAUUACAGAGGAGCACACACAAUUUCAGGACAUGAAAAUGCACUAGAUGAUUUUGGAAUAUAUGAAUUUGUUGCAUUCCCAGAUCCUGCAGGAAUAUCUAUGGUGUCAAGUUGUUCUGGUUCUGAUGUUGUGCAGGGGCAGGAUUUUAAUGGUACAGUUUAUGAAAUUAUUCGGCAUAUUCCUGAACAACACCAAGAGCAUCAAGAGUAAGUCAAAAUUAAUCCAUCAACUGGGUUCCACAGGAGUCUGGUAAUAGUUGAAGACAAAGAAUCUGUUGAUAGUCACCUGCACUUGUGGAGAUGACAGAGCAAGAGACCCUUCCUGCAAGUUUUUCCACAUCUCAAAAAUGAAACCAGAAGAAAAUGGUGUCAUU